AUGCCACCCUCAGAGGAUUCGUUCCUGGCAGUUUGCCUACAUCCUUCUAUAACUGAUGUACAAUUCUCUCCAUUAUACAAAGUCAUACUUCCAGUUCAAAGGCAUCAAUACGGAAAGUCUCAUAUCCAGAGGCUUGCAAUUUACAGUGCUCAGGCGGAAUUUAUAGGACUUAAUGAUCUCCUUCGACUCCCGCACUCGCUCAAAUCAUUCACCUUCCAUGGAAAGAGCAGAAAUUCUGGGGAUAGGAGAUAUUUUUUGGGUCGCUUCAAACGCGCGGUUGGUCAUAGUGCAAAGAGCCUCGAAUAUCUAAAUGUACGCUGGUCCGGCGGAAAGAGUUUUGACGAUGGGCCAACUGUCUGGUCAUUCCGUCAAUUCACGUGUAUCAAAUCCCUCUUCAUUAAUCAUUUCUUUUUGUAUGGUCUUGACCCAGAGACAGCGCCUUGCAUCGCUGACUCUUUGCCUUCCACCCUCGAAGGCUUAGUGGUGUACGACUCCGGCGAUUGGGAUAAAUCGGUCUUUAUCGAGCUUUGGAGGAAACUCUUGGUCAAGAAAUCUUCCACCUGUUUACGAAAUCUGCAGCUGGUCGGACAUGAACCUGAUAGAAACCUUCUGGACGCUCUUGUCAAUUUAGCGGCCAGUCGAGGUAUCAGGGCAGACAAAUUUCAAGUGGUAUGCAUUUUGGCUUCUUUGUCGGCGUCUGCGCCAAUUCAGAGAGAGUUCCAACCA